AUGUCUAUUUUAAUCUUUCCGCCAUGGUGUUUCAGCGACUGGGAGACAGUGGAUGACCGCAUACGUGGUGGCAAAUCGGUUUCAACGCUUCAAGAGCGCAAUGCAGGCGACGGAGUAUGGUUUAGUGGAACGCUAGACACAACCGCGCUCGGCGGUGCUGGAUUUGCCUCCCAGCGCUUCCGCUUUAGCAAUAACUUGCUUCGUCUCCCGAGGCCGGAAUACCAAGGGAUACGUGUAACACUCUCCCCACAACCGAUCGCCUUACACAAUCCCCGCGACUUCACGCUUGUUUUGAACACUGAGCCCAUCACAUACCGGCCAGACGGUCGCGUAGAAAGUCGGGUCGCCUGGGAAGCUACGUUCACAGAUUCCGCCCCGUCUUGCUACUUUGCCAUUUGUCACGUUUCGCGCAACCUAUCGAGGCAGACUCGUUGA